AAAUCAAUAAAUUUAUUCAAUCGCGUAUGGUAUGAUCUUAGCUGCCAUGAGUUGAUCUCUUCUGGUGGUCUUCAACAAUAUCCAUCCGUUCAGAAUGCCUCUCUGCCUCAAAAAGACUCAACGAGCAAUAUGGAUGAAAGUUUGUAUUUGUUUUCUCGUGAUCCUCACCGUAAUGUUAAUCAUUUUUGCCAUAUCAGUCUACCUAUCGAUGCCAUUACACAAUGGACAGAGAUCAACGAACUGGGAGAAGGAUUUGAUGGAGAUGUUGAUGGGGAGGACUAUCUUGACCUGCAACAACUUAAUUUGCUGAAACCGAUAUCUCAUUUCUCUGGACUCGAUUUCGACAAAGAAACUGCAGAUCGAGAAAAGAAUUUGACGACACUCCGAAGCUGGGUUAACCCUGAUGGUUCUGACAGAAAGCUCCUGUACAAUGGAAUGAGUUACGAGAACGGCUCCAUCACAGUACCAGCAGCAGGAGUGUACCACAUCACAAGUCACGUCAAGUUCUACAUCGAGGACAACAGGAAGGAUGACAAGCCAUUCCAGACAUUCCGGCACCAGGUUGUACGCUAUAGCGCCUCCAGCCAGACGCAGGUCGUGUUGUUUGAGAAUGCCGUGACUGAGUGUAAAGAGGGUAUCAACGAUGGAGCUCACCUGGAGUACCCGAGUGAUGCUGGUGGACUGGCUCUGUUGGACGCUGGAGAUCAGGUGAUGGUGAAAGUAUCACACUUACAGACGCUGAAGCAUGAUCGUGACUGGCACUAUUUCAAUGUACAUAUUGUAUAGAGUGAUGUUUGAGUGCCACUACCACUUAAUGGUGAUGUGACUGGCCGCAUAUUGACAGAACACGUAAGACACGUGCUUAGAAACUCAAUUAAAAAUGUUCUCAAACUAAUUUAUUGUUCUGUUGCACUGAAACGCAUUUUUACUGCUUAUGGUAAUUUUCAAAUUUUGUGGAGUAUGAAUCUUGGUAACAUAUGGGAGCGAGUCUUUCAUUAGAACCAAAGGUAAGCCACAUCGGGUGCAGUGUGUUUGUGCUGUCUUUCAAACUGAAAGAUUUGGUUGGUUUGUUGUUUAAUGCCACACUCAGCAAUGUUCCAGCUAUAUGUCUGCGGUGUGUAAAAUAUA